AUGGCGUCCUUGGCGCUGCUCGGGCUGCAGCUGUUGAUUCUGGCAGCGUGCGGCUCUGGCACGAGAGAGAUCUGUGGAGGAUCUUUGUACAUCUUCUGGGACCCACACUGCGGCCAUGAAGAAGACACCCCUCCGAUGUGGAUCCUCUCCCCCCUGAAGCCAGAUCCCACCCGGCGCCGGAAUCUCCAGGACGAGGAAGGCUGCCAUGCUUGGGCCACCUGGGCAACUGAGGAGGAGGCGAUCGCUGGGGUUCGCGGCUGGAGUAGCUGGGACCCUUGCUGUGCGUCUCGGGGAGGCAAAGAGUUCAUCACAAGCGUGGUGAGCUUCGAGAACGAGAGCAUUAAGGUUUCUGGACUCUGCGACGUUGAGGGCGGCAUGAGGCUUGGAAAUCGAGUUUACCAACUUGAGGGCGUCACGAUGAGCGGUCGGAAUUGGUACUCCAGCGAAUGCUCCAACUAUGAGGACUGCUACUACGAAGUGCAAGUCCCAAGUGACUUCGAGGCUGUGGAGGAGGGCGAAGACCCUGUGGAGAAUCUCGACAAGCAAGCCGACGCAGAUGGUUUGGACGGCUUGGACGUCAAAGCACAUUUAGUUUCAGGUGCCGCCCUCUUGAUGUUUGGCCUGCUGCAAAUCCUAGGUGCCUGUUUGCACCUUCAGAAGCGGAAGAGAAGCGUGCCGCUGCAGCCUGGCGAUGAAGAACUGCUGUCACCUCGCCUGAGCGGAGUUGGCCGCGAUUUGCACCAAUCAGUGCCGCAAAGUGCUUGGUGUGUGACGCUCGAAGACCUUUGUCAGUUUCGCCGUCUCGUGAUGCAUGCAGUUACAACAGGAAAGAUCCAUCCGCAUGAUCGUGACAUGUUUGACACCCUGGAUUUGACCAUCGGACCCUCCGUGUACACAGUCAACGAUCAGUUCAUCAAGCCUUUGACGGCUCUUGCUGGCAACAUGAGCUGGGCACUUUUCAGAAAUCCUGCUGGCGUGAGCUGCGAUGUCUUCGUGACACACUGCUGGGCAGAGGGAAUAUACGAAUUCAUCGACAGAGUGGAGCACUCUUGGCCUCGAGGCGCACGUGCCGCAUAUGUGUGCUUCUUGUCGAAUCCACAAAAUCUGGACAUCGCGGACCUGAUCGCAAGCCCUCGUGAGUCACCUUUUGCCGUAGCGCUGCAGACAGCGCCUACGAUGUUGGUUCUGCCAAACCACAGUCUCAGCAUUUAUACUAGGCUCUGGUGUUGCUAUGAGGCAUUUUUGGCAUAUUCCUGGCGGAAGACAAUUCGGGUGGCAAAGCGGCAUCAUCACGGGCUUUGGUGGUGCAUGCUGUGGCUGGGAGGCUUGUACAUCGCAGCUGCUGGGGCGAUAUGCUUGUUGCCAAUCGCGCUCGACAUCCCAGCUGUAAGACGACUCAAUCCGAUGCUUUCAGUUGCAGCAGGCGUGUUCUUUGUUUUGGCAGCUGCGUGCGUGCGCUCUGGGAUGUACGGAGCACUUGCGCAGGCUUGCAUUGCGGUCACCGGAAUUUGCCUCAGUAUGGGCCUGCUGGGUGGAUACAUCGCUGAAGUGGGUCUCCAACGUGACAUGUUCUAUUCCGGACAAGAUCUAGGCCGGGUCUUGACGUGGUUGUGUGGCCUCGUCAUCACCUGCUGUGCAGAGUUUGAUCGGAUCAUGGCAUCAGAUGCCGCUCUGCGCAGCAAAUUCCUGCGGAAAGACUUUUCUGGUAGGCUGCUGGAUGCCAAGUGCUCAUCUGACUCCGACAGAGAGAAUAUUUUGCAGGAACUGUCACAAAGCGGAAAGGCGAAGGAGGUGGAACGCGCUGUAAAGUUUCUGCUGCAGAUGAACCUCAUGACGCCAGAGCUGCAACGCACCACAGCUCUGACAGGGGAGCUUGGGGACGUUUCGUUCUUUAGCCGCUCAUGGGUUGCUGUCGGUGUGAUGCUUUGGGUCGCACUCCCCAUACAGACGUUGACAACUCCUGGCAUGAUCCCCCUGCAACAAGUUCCUGCGGCUGCUAUGUUGGUGCAGGGUAGCCUCUGGCUGGCCUUCUUCCCACGCCUCAGUACCGAACGAAAGGCUUUUGCCGCGGUCACAGUGAACAUCUGGGUUGUGCUAGGCGCAUGCAUCCUUUUGGUUGCCGUGAUCGUGGGUUUCGCUGACAUCGACUGGUACCUCGUUCCAGGCGCUUUGAUCGUGAGCCCUUUAUGCUUGUCUUUGACGCUUGCCGGGCCGUCCCGCAUCGCUAGAAUCCCCGCAAUAGGAGUCCCGGUGGUGCGAGUUUUUCUCGGUCAAAACCAUUUUUGUCUACGACGAAGUCGUAAGAAGGAGCCAAAGAGCUCACCGGGUGAGGACGUCCAGGACGCGACCGUGACCAUGGACGUCUGUUCAGAGGCGCCCACGCCUCGAAGAUCCAGCUCUUUACAGUCGAAGGUCUAG